AUGGAAGGCCAACCUCCUCGCGAACGCAAAUCCCGCAAAUCCGUUACAUUUACCGACGAACAAAUCGUAGUUGACGCUGACGGCUCCGUGACCAUGGUCAACGCCACCGACGAUCCCAAGGAGACAGCCCAGUCCCAUACGCCUCGUACGCCGCCGUUGACUGCCGCCCUUGGAGCCUUUACUGACCCCCAGCCCCCAGCCGGUGUGGACGACGCCCCCCCUGCCGAGGAAGGUGGCCUGGACCUGUCCCUCCUCAAGAAGAAGAAGAAGAAGAAGGUCAAGACCGACGACGCCGAAGCCGACGAUGCUGCCCCCGCCGAGGACGGUGGCCUCGACCUCUCCAUGAAGAAGAAGAAGAAGAAGAAGGUCAAGGAUGUCGGACCCGAGGACGACGAGUUCACCGCCAAGCUCAAGGAGCUCGAGGUCAAGGACGAGGAGGGCGAGGAGCCCGCCCAGGAGGACGUGGGCGACAUGGAUGCCGGCACCGGCAUCUGGGCCCACGACGAGACCAAGCCAAUUGUCUACACCAUGCUCCUGAACCGUUUCUUCAGCCAACUUGCCCAGAAGAACCCCGACCACGCCAUCACUGGCAGCAAGAGCUACAAGAUUCCCCCACCCCAGUGCAUGCGUGAAGGCAACCGAAAGACCGUCUUCGCCAACAUUGCCGACAUCUGCAAGCGAAUGAAGCGAACUGAGGAGCACGUUACUGCCUACCUCUUCGCCGAGUUAGGUACCAGCGGUUCCGUCGACGGUAGCCGAAGAUUGGUUAUCAAGGGACGUUUCCAGCAAAAGCAGAUUGAGAACGUCGUCCGAAAAUACAUCAUCGAGUACGUCACUUGCAAGACCUGUAAAUCCCCCGAUACCGAGCUCAACAAGGGAGAGAACCGUCUGUACUUCAUCACCUGCAACAACUGUGGAUCCCGACGAAGUGUCACCGCUAUCAAGACUGGUUUCUCUGCCCAGGUUGGCAAGCGAAGAAAGAUGCAGGGUUAA